AGCGGAGUUCUGAAAUCAUGCAACGCCAACACACAGUGCCAUUGAAAGUGUGAAAUAACGCAGUCGCAAGCGGAAAAUAGUCUCUUUGUGAUUUCAAAAUGUCUACGAAGGCAUUUAUCCCAGCUGUGCCACCUAAGAGUAGCCUUUACGUACCAAAUGGAAAUCUCCUGAGGACAGGAUCAAUUGUAUCGCUUUCUGGACCAUCAGUGGGACCACCGAUAAAGCAGGAAAAUGCAAAAAGCUACGAAGAAUGGAGUAGGUACUUUGGGAAGAUUGAUGGGAGAUUUUCACUCUACUUCUACAAUGAUUCCCUCACUGACGUCACCCUCGUUGUGGAUGGAAAGAAAAUUCGUGGACAUAAAAUAAUCCUAAGUUCGUGCAGUUGGGAGUUUUAUGUGAUUUUUAAUCUACUUAAAUUGGAUAAGAAGGAAGUGCCCAUUCAGGGGACAACUUUUGAGGUUUUCCUGAGUUUUCUCGAGUACUGCUACACCGGAUGGACACUCCUCAAGGAGGACACAACGUGGGAAAUUUUGCGACUUGCCUAUAGAUUCAAUGUGAAGCCAUUAAUUUUAGUUUGUGAAUCCCAUUUGGCUAAACGUCUCACUGCGAAUACGUGCAUAAGUUUCUACACAAAAGGUGAAUUCUUGAGUGAUACGUCCCUCUUGAGGCAGAAGAUAACGGAAACAAUGGCUGAAGAUUGCCAUGCGCUCUUUUAUCACAAACAAUUCAAUAAUUUACCAUUGAAAGUUGUCCGCCAAAUUGUUGCAUCGGGUUUAAAGUGCGACGAAAUGGUCAUAUUUGAGGCUCUAAUUAAGUGGGCAAAGUUUAAUUGUGUAAAAAUUGGCUAUCCAUGCAUCCCGAAGAAUUAUCGACGCGUCCUCGAGGAUGUUUUCUUCAAAAUUCGCUUUCCCGCCAUUCCGGCGCAUUUAUUUUUUGAAAUUCUCGCUGAAUAUCCAGGGAUUCUAACGGAAAAGGAAAUUUCUAAUAUUGCCAAAAUUAGUCGAGGGCACAUUAAAGUACCCACUUCUACAACUAGUUCAACUAAUAAUCAAGUUAAAUCACAGGAAAAUGGGAAUGGGGCUGAAAAUAGGGCGACAACACCACAAAAUGGCGUCACAAAUGACACAGAAGGACCCCAAAAGAAGGCAGAAAAUGCACAAAGACCCGAAAAUAGUAAAUUACGUGUUCAUACGUAUCAACAACUUCCCGAAAAAAUCUUCUGCCACGCAUUUAAAAGUUCAGUAAUCUUUAAAUGCGAUACCCCGAGAUUCCUCAUUGGUUUUGGGUUUUAUGCAAUUACAGCAGAUCAACCAAAAGUAGUCUCAUGUAUCCUUCAUCAUGUUAAUUCCCAUCCAACAAUUCAAGUUAAUUGCGACGUUGAUGCGGAAAAGCACAAAGUUUGGAAGACAAGUGUGGAUUUUUUCUAUCAUGAAAAUCAUUUUGCACAGAAAAUGCAAAUAAAUCCCAAUCAAUGGUAUUCCCUUUUUACAACGUUUGAAGAUAAAAUUCACGUACCACAGACGCCGCCCCUUAAACCAUAUGAUGAAGAGCAUAAAAUGCAUUUUAGGAAGCUCAUUCCAAAUGUUAUUCCAUAUUUGGUAUUUGAGAGAAAUGUACAGUGAGGCUUCGUAGUAAAUGACGGUAUACUGUUCUAGAGUUUGUACGUAUCGUUUAACGAAUUUGGAGAGAAUUAAUUGUAAAAUCAAUAUAACGUAAGAAAAGAAGAGAAGAAACGUAAGCAAAAAAUGGGAAGUUUUAGAUCUUUUAUCCGAUUAAUUUUGAGAUUUAUCAAUAAAUAAGUCAUGAAAAAAAACUUUUUAAAAUUCAAUUUAUGAAAACCGAACGAUUUCUUAUUUCUUUCUUUAUUCAAUUUCGCUAAUUUAUCGCUAAGUUUUGACCAUGAAUUCGGUUAUUCUCAAUUAAUCUCCGAAUUAAUCGAGUAAAAACCAUAUAGGUUAAGAAAUAAAUCUUUUUCAUAUAAAAAAUACGUUUUAAAAAAAUAUAUUUGUUUAUUAAAUACCAGAAAUGCUUCAAAUGGCGAAAUUCCUCAAACCUGACCAUCUGUAUUAAUUUAAAUUUAUUCUAUUCUUGUUCUCAAAUUUAAUGAGAAUUAUUUGAAUUUUUUUUCUGUUGGAUUUCAGCCAGAUGUUGCAUUUUCUUAGGAAAGUUUAUGAAUUGUUUAUUAUGUAUUAAAAUGAUUACCUAUGUACCCUAUGUUUAUGUAUUUAAGCUGGGCAAAUUUUAUAUUUUUUCUAUGCAAUUUACUUUGUAUUUUGCUAUGAAGAUUUUAAAGUUCUGCUCGGCAAUUUAUUUUUUCAAGUCUAUUAAGAAUAUUUUGCAUUUUUUAUUACCUAUUCUUUUUUUAAUAUUAUUUUUGGAAAUAUUCUAUUUGUUUUUUGGUUGUGGGAAUAAGGAUUAGUCAAGGAAUAAUUUUAAGGAUAUUGUACUUAAAAAUAUGUCAUUUUUUCAUUUUUUUAAUACAAUUUUUAAUUAAAGAAAUUGAAGUAUAAGUUUUUUUCUGGAAAUUCAAAAAAAAAUCUAAAUUUAGAGCUCUAAUUUGUUAAGAGAAGAUCUAAAGAUUUAAUUUCAAGUAUCAUGAGUUCAGAGUAUUAAAUAUACAUAGAACCACCCCUGUAAGAACAUUUAAAAAGAACUUAACCAAUGUAUUAAAUGUAUUUUAAAAGAAAAUCUUUUACUAAAAAUAUUCUUUCUGUAUUUUUUGAAGAUUCUUAAUAAAAUUAUAAAGAAAAUCCAAAAA